ACCUACACAUUGCCAACGACUUUCUAAAUAUGAAAGACCCACGAUCCGUAACCUAUACUUGCGUAAUUUGAUGCCAAACGAUAAUAUAAUUCCUUUGGCUAUAAAUGAAAAUUGUCAACUCUGGUGGGAAGCAUUGUCUGAUUUAUGCAAUAGUCAUCGUAUAAGUGCUUACUCCCCUGGAUGGAAAAAACCAUGUUCUGAGUGCGGAUCGCGACUUCUUCCUUCAGAAACAAAAAAUUUUUGUUGUAAUGAUACAUUGAAACGCAUUAUUCCACCUCUCCGACCCUUACCACAUGCUCUACAAAAUCUUUACAUAUCAAACCCUAAUAACUUUAAUCAUCUCAGUCGUCAAUACAAUUCAUUAUUUUCUUUUACUGUGCUUGGUUAUACAGGUGGUGUGGUUCGCUUACCACAUCCACAUGCCUUUGCCAUUAAUGGUCAUGCAUACCAUCAAAUUUGUUCUGCUAAUACAAGAGGAUACCCUGUAAAUUGGUUUGUAUAUGAUGCUAAUGCGCAAAAUGAUGCUGCUAAUCAGCGUAAACUUGACCAAGAAAUUGUAAAUCUUAUUGAACAAGAAUUAGCUGUUAUCAAUCCAUUCAUCCAGGAUAUGGCGCGUAUUGGUGAAGAUAAACCUGAUUAUGUUAAUAUUCUUGAUGAAAAUUAUGAAGCAUUGCAAUAUCCACUUUUUUUCCCACAUGGUGAAAUAGGUUGGCGCAUGUACUGGAUAGAUCCUGAAAAUUCAAGCCUGAAAAAAAUUUCACAAGUCGACUAUUAUCGUUAUCGCAUUAUGACUGAACCUCGAUUCCAUUUGCUUGGUCGUCUUUUUAACGAAUAUUUAAAGAGGGGUCAUGAAGAAGAUGAAACACUCAGUGAUGAAGCUAUACAAAAUCCCAAUAAUAUUUAUUUACCAGCAUCGCAUACGCUUUCAUAUAGAUGGUCUUACAAAAAGACAAUGGAUGCUCUUGCAGUUGUAAUAUGUGCUGAAUUACCAGCAGGUAAUAGUUCUAGACAAAAUUACCUUCGUGACUUAGUAAAACAGUAUAUGAUUCACCAAUGUACUCCGAGGUGCAUACAACGAAAUGGCCAUUGCCAUUGGAAUUAUCCUAAAUCCAUACAGGAACAUACUAUAAUAAAUGAACAUGGCCAUGUUUAUUAUCGACGUCCACAACUCCGAUUACUUUUCUGUCGUCUUAUUCUGGAAGGUAUGGCAGCACAACCCAUUUGGCAAAACUAUCGCGAAUUAUUAUCAGCAGAUUAUAUUAAUAAAAAAAAUAACAUACAAGGAGAAAACGAAGCAUUAUUAUGGAUUGCAAAUUUUUUAGAAGAACACGGUAGUCAAAUAACACAAUUUGGUUUACCUCAACCAUCAGGUCAUCUUGACGAAAUAAUGCGCAUUCAAAAGCAAUAUUGUAAUUAUGAUACAUUGACCACAAAAUGUAAUGAAAUGGUCCAACAACUUAAUUUAGAACAAAAAAAUAUUUAUCAAGAAAUCAUGAAAUAUGUACUUGAAAGCAAACCUUUGACAAUUUUCAUUAAUGGUCGUGCAGGCCGUGGAAAAACAUUUUUAGUAAAUACUAUCUGCGUUGCUGUGCGAAGUCUAAAAAAAAUAAUACUCCCCUGUGCUACAACCGGUUUAGCAGCAUUAAAUUAUGACGGAGGUCGCACGGCACAUUCACUAUUUCGUAUUCCAGUUGAAGAUAACGAUGAUGGGUGUAAAUGUAAAAUUAGCUUAAAUAGUGAACGCGCUAAACUAAUUAGAGAAUCAUCAAUUAUUACCUGGGAUGAAUUACCUAUGGCUCAGAAAGGUAACAUAGAAGUAGUCGAUAUACUUCUUCGCGAACUUUGCAAUUGCAAUUUGCCAUUUGGUGGUAAAAUUUUUAUCGGAAUAGGUGAUUUCCGUCAAGUUGCACCUGUAAUUCCACAUGCUGGUCGAAUGGCUAUAAUAUUAGAAUCAAUUAAAUCAUCACCAAUUUGGAAUUCAUUUAAAGUCUACAACCUUCAACAACCUAUUCGUGAUGCUUAUGAUCCAGAAUAUUCAAAAUUAAUGGAUGAAAUUGGUGACGGUAUCAACGGUGAAAAUAUAUCUCUAACAUUACUGAAAACAACACAUGAAAUAAAUAAUGUAAUUAACUUUAUUUUUCCCGAAACUAUAUUAAAUAACCCAAUCGCAUGCCAAAAGCGGGCAAUACUUUCUUUACGAAAUGUAGACGUAGAUUCUAUAAAUAAAAUCGUUCUGCAACAAUUAAGAGGUAACAAAAUUAAUUUAUACAGUACAGACAACUUAGCAGAUAAUGAUACAGCAAAAACAACCCAAAUUCAACAACAAAGAGAUAUAGUAACUACUGAAUUACUAAAUUCUUUCAAUACAUCUGGAAUACCUAAACAUUGUCUAUCAUUAAAAAAGGGUUGUAUCGCCACCAUAAUGAGAAAUCUUUCAUUGCAUGAUGGCUUAUGCAAAAAUAGUAGAGUCAUUGUUUUAAACAUUGGACAAAGAUUAGUAACUGUGCAAAACCCCACAACAGGUUAUAUUAUACAUUUACCAAGAAUUACUUUCUUCUUCUGUAUACCUCAAUUUCCAUUCAGAAUUAGUCGUCGACAAUUUCCUUUACGCCUAGCUUAUUCAUCAACAUUUAAUUCUUCACAAGGAUUAACACUGGACCGAGUUGCACUUGACUUGCGUACACCUGUAUUUAGUCAUGGACAAUUAUACACUGCUCUCACACGAGUUCGUCAACGAGAUCAUAUUUUAAUACUUACCGAAAAAAGUCAUUUAUCCAAUUUAUUGAUUACUAAAAACAUUGUAUUUUCAGAAUUACUUUAG